GCGUUAAUGUUUCUUGCACAUAAUACCCACACAUCUAUGGCUAUAUUUAUUUCCAAAACAUUUUUUGGACUCCGUUAAUCCUCUCCAAAAGCUAUAUCUAAAAUGCCAAGUGGGCUUCCGGUCUUAUUUUCCCUGGGACGAAAUUUAAUAACUAAUCGGGAAUAUCUGCACGAGUGUGAACGCUGUAAACAAUGAGCGUUUUUAUCUGGAUCUCUGCUAGAUAGUCUGGGAAACAUCAAAGGUUGCGACAAUAUUCAACGAAAUUGCAUUAGAUUAAAGUCUAUAAAGAUGUCCAAAAUUGAACGUCUGAAUGCCCGAGUGGAGAAGCUGCUCUGUAAAGCGGUGCAGGAGGUCCUUGAGGUGGUGAAAGAGACGGUGUCAGAGUACCAGGAGAAAACCGCCAGGACACAGAGAGAGAACCAGAGUCUGAAGAGGAGGCUGCAGGAGCUCCAGGAGAAGUUAAAACCAGACACCAAUGGAAUUGUGCCACAUAUUCCCCCUGCAGCCCAUCAGGCUGAUGCAGCGCUGCAGGAACAGAAAGAGGAGCUGGAGGACGACAUCGAACUCAUCCCCUCUGAUAAGAACAUUGCAGUAAUUUGUCCCUCGUAUCCAUUUGAAGACAUUGACUGUGAAGCAUCCAUCACAUCAUUAGCCACCCCCUGUCUCUCCCCUAGAGCUACGACAGCACCACAUGUAGCUGCUGAUGACUUGAACAAUCCAAAAGCUCUUAAAAUGGAGACAGAUAACAGACUGUCAGCACCAGAUCCAAACCAUGUAGCCCCAAUCUCUGGGAAUGAUUAUAAAAUGAAAGUAGAGCCUAUGUCGGAUGAAGAAGCCAUGCACACCACUAAUAAUUUUUUUAAUGAUGCUGCAACAUCCUCACAAAGACUAAUCCUAGAACCUCCUCGAGCCAAUUCAAGACUUUACAAUAACUCUGAGGUCUUCAGUCUGGAGCAAAACGACGUUGAAGAGCCUUUAUCCCAAAGUUACAACAUUACAAACAGUGUUGGAGCAGAAAAACAGCACACUGCUCAAACAAACACAAAAGCAGGUGCUUCAGGCUCCAGAACGUUCCAGAGAAAUGUCAGAAAACACUACUGCUGCUCGCUCUGUGGCCGCACGUUCAGGCACGCAGGCGACUACAAGAAACACAACCGGGUUCACACGGGGGAGAAGCCGUACUGCUGCUCGGUGUGCGGGAAGAGGUUCAGCCAGUCGGGCUACCUGACGGUGCAUCUGCGCUACCACACAGGAGAGAAGCCGUUCGGCUGCAGCCACUGUGGCAAAAGUUUUAGUCACUCAAGUAACAUGAAGAAACACCAGCAGACUCAUCUGUGAUGUAUCCAGACAUUAUCUAUUCAUGUCAAACCUUUAAUAUUAAAAGCCUGUUUGUAAGGUAGAAAUAGAAAUAAAAGAUGACGAGUGCUGUAAUCUCUACAGUUAAUGUCAAACUCUUCUAUAAGCAUUUUAUCAGCUGAUUGCAAUCCAAUAGAGUGCUGUAGCUGUAAGAGUUUUACAUGGAAAAGUAAUUGUGCCUUCUUUUAUGAAUACAGGAUGCUUAUUGUAAAGCACAUAUCAACAUUAAAGUAUCAAGCACAAUCUCAGAAUUCAUUAUUGUUCCUGCCGUACUGUUAUUCGUCCAGUUUCCACAUCAAAUAAAUGCAUUUGGUACUUUU